AUGGCCCUUCUUCAGACAUCUCUGAUCUGGAUCGUCUACGGAGCCGUGAUAGCUGUCUUGCUUGCGGCGGCUUCGGUUUUCAUUUAUGUUUAUCAGACUCCUCGAGAUCGCUCGCCGUCUGUAACUCUGACUUGUAUCAUCGCAAUCACCAGUCUCCUUGCUACGGUGCUUCUGCUUCCGGUGGAUGUCGCACUGGUGUCGUCAACUACUUCAUCCAGACUAGGCCAACGGAAAGAGUGGGCAACCCAAGAGGCAGUCGACCGCAUCACCUAUGCUCUGACUAUCAUUUAUUAUAUUCUCUAUUCCCUGGAUGCACUCUUAUGUCUCCUGGUCAUCCCAUUUGUCUACUUCUGGUACGAAGAAUACGAUGAAGUGGCCACUGAGAGUGGAGAGCAGACAUUGGGGCAGCGCUUCUGGGGCGCUUUCAAGUACACAUUUUCAUUCAUUGCAAUCGUGAUUAUCCUUUUCCUCGUGGGAUUCUUCGCUCCUAUUUCUGACAAUAAGAGCGACUUGGACUUUGAUUAUUUCAAGAAGUUGCUCACUGAGAACCAUGGGGAGCGUGCAUUGACAUUUGCCCUUGGUCUGCUUAUGACUCUUGGCCUCUGUCUUUAUGUUCUAUAUACUUCGUCCGGGCUCGCGCUGCUCCCGAUUGGCUUGAUCAAGACGGCUCCCUCGAUAUCCAACCCCACUUUGCGUGCGAAUACUGCGCACCAACUUGAGACAAAUCAGGAACGACAACGCCAGCUGGAGGGUCGCUGUGGAGGAAAUCCGGAACUCUUAUCCUCCAAGGACCGUCGGGAACUUGACACUCUCAUCCGAGAGGAGAGAACUCUAAUUCGACGUCAACGUCUAGUCGAUGAAGCCCAAGGCGAAGGACGAAGCUGGCUCAUACGGUUCUGGUUCAAGAUCGAGGCCGUCUUCCGUCCAUUCAAGUUGCUUGGAGGUAUUAUCCUACUCUUGGUAGCGCUCUUAGUGUGGGUCUCAAUGCUCCUUACGGCCAUCGACAAAGCAAAGAACUCGAUCUGCAAGCACCGCUGUGGAUAUAUCCUCGGACAUGUCAACAUCUUCAAUCCCGUGAACUGGGCUUUGGUUCAUUCUGCCAAGGUCUUUCCAGUUGACUACGCUAUAUUUACGGCGUUGGUGUUACUGCUAUUCUGCAGCUCUGUCGCUGGAAUUGCCGUGGUUGGUAUUCGGUUCCUUUGGAUCAGAAUCUUCCAAAUUCGAAAGGGUCAUACGUCACCGCAAGCUCUGCUCAUGGCAACUUCCAUGUUGAUGCUGAUUACACUAGCGCUGAAUUACUCCAUUUCCAUGGUAGUCGCUCCGCACCAGACUGCUCCAACAGUGAGGAGCUCAUCAAGCCAUGCUCUGAACUGGCGAAGAACCCUGCCGCGCAGCGGGUAUGCACCCCCUAGUGUUGUCAGCACGUUCCUAAACCGCAUCACUCUCAAUUUCCCUUUCUUUGGUGUGGUGUUUUUCUGGGCACAAUUCUUCUUCCUCGGUGUAUAUCUAAUCGUCUUCAUUACUACUCUGUUCCGAUCGCCGAAACUGGACGAGAGACAGCUGGAUGAAGAUGCCGAGGAAGCCGAAGAAGAGGGUCUCCUCGCGAAUACUGGACGAAGAAUCAACGCUAACUGGCAGGAUAUUACUGGAAGAAGUGCCCGGGGUGGACGAUCCGGUGACUGA